CAACUGGUGCGCCAGUUGGCAUAACGACGUGAGCCGGGUAUGAUCAGCUGAUUGUAAUCAAAAUAAAGUGAGUCCAAGAUAAAAUUUUAUCUAAUGGAAUAAAAAACUGUGAUAACAAUUUAUGGAAGCAUAACCCGAAGAUCAAAUAUGGAUUUUGUUAAAGUUCCUCUAAAUCAAGCUAAACUAGGAAUUAAUCAAAUAUUCGUAGGAAAAGAACCAUGGCAAAUUGUAACAAUUACAACGAGUUCGGUGUUAUUACUUUCCUGGCUAUACGGAUUUAUAUUUGAUGAUGAUAGCCUACUGGAAAGAGGAAAACGGACCUUUUUUGAUAUUAUUCAACUAAUUCCAAGUGUACGAAAAGAAAUAGAUGGCAAGAAGAAAGAGGUUUGGGAAGGUUUCCGCAAUGAACAUCGUGAAAGAACGAAAAAUUUAUCUUAUUUACGGAGUCUACCAGACAAAGGAUUAAAAAAUGAGGACAUAAUGGAUUUACUUGAAGGCAAUUUGAAGAUGGGUGAUUAUAACUGGAAAGAUGGGCUAGUAUCUGGAUCUGUCUAUUAUUUUGAUCCCGAAUGGCAAAAAUUACUAACUAAAGUUUAUGAAAAAACAUUUUUCACUAAUCCAUUGCACUGUGAUGUAUUCCCUGGAAUUUGUAAAAUAGAAACUGAAGUUAUAAGGAUGGCUGCUGAAUUAUUUCAUGGAGAUACUGAAACUUGUGGUACGGUCACUACCGGCGGUACUGAAUCUAUACUUAUGGCUUGUAAAACAUGGAGAGAUUACAUGCGAAAAACUAAAGGUAUCAAAAAGCCAGAAAUGGUAGUACCCAGAACCAUUCAUUCUGCCUUCGAUAAAGCUGCACAAUAUUUCUGUAUAAGAAUCAAAUAUGUACCUGUUGAUCCAAAGACUUACAAAGUAGAUCUGAAAGCGAUGGAAAGAGCUAUAACGAAAAAUACUGUUAUGCUAGCUGGUUCUGUACCAAACUUCCCUUAUGGAACUAUGGACGACAUCGAAGGUAUUUCAAAAUUAGGUUUGAAAUACAAUAUACCUGUGCAUGUUGAUUCGUGCCUGGGAGGAUUUCUAACUGUGUUUAUGGAGAAGGCCGGAUAUAGUAUCCCCCUAUAUGAUUUCAAGCUGCCUGGCGUGUCUAGUAUAUCUGCUGAUACUCAUAAAUAUGCCUUUACUCCAAAAGGAUCUUCUGUGGUCUUGUACAGAAACAAAGACUUCAGACACUUCCAAUAUACCGUAACUACUGAUUGGCCAGGUGGUGUAUAUGGAUCACCUGCAGUUAAUGGCUCAAGAGCAGGAGCUAACAUCACAACCUGCUGGGCUACCCUUCUACAUUUCGGUACAGAUGGAUACUUGAAGGCUACAGGCGACAUUUUGAGAACCGCCAAGUACAUCGAAGAAAAACUGAGGAAAAUCGAUGGCUUAUUUAUUUUUGGAGAACCUGUAACUAGUGUUGUCGCUUUUGGAUCCAAAGUCUUUGAAAUUUAUAGGCUGGCAACAGAUAUGGGCAAACUUGGUUGGAAUUUGAAUGCCUUACAAUUUCCUUCUGGCGUGCAUCUUGCAGUAACCCAUUUGCACACACAACCAGGAGUUGCUGAUAAAUUCGUUAAUGAUGUUGAAAAUAUAGUACGAGAAUUGAUGAAGAGACCUGAGAAACCAGUUGAAGGCGGGUUGGCACUCUAUGGAGCUGCACAGGUGGUUCCUGAUAGGUCUCUCGUAGGAGACUUCAUUAAUUAUUAUAUAGAUGCAAUGUACUAUCAUCCUUGCGAAAAUGAAGAGGAAAAAUGAUAAUUAAGUGAUUGAUUUUGAUCAAAAUGACAUUCCACUAAGAGAAAACAGGAUUUUCUCUGUACUAAACUUCUAACAGAUACAAAUUUUAAUUAUAAAUUAUAUUUUGAAUUGUGUACAGCAAUUGUUGAUUUUUAUAGAUUGUUGAAGAAAUAAUAUUUUUAAGAAUGUACCAUGUUACAAUAUGUACUUAUUCAGGGUUUCAGAGUGAAUUGAAUUUUAUAUGAUGUAUAGAACGAAUGUUUUGGAAUAAAAUUGGUUAUACUAAG